AUGGCGCGGCGGGGAGCCUGGGGGUUGUGGGCAGCGGUGGGUUGGGGGCUGUGCCUGCUGCUGGCGGGCGGGCAGGAGCCGGCGGGCGGCGGGCAGCCCUGGAGGCAGCUCAUCCAGUGGGAGAACAACGGCCGCCUUUACAGCCUGCUCAACACCGGCGCCGAGUACGUCCCGGCGGGACAGGAGAGGCCCGGCGGCAACCGGUUGCUGCUGGCGGGAGGGACGAGCGGUGGGACGGGCGGCAGCGUCAGGAGGCAGGCGGCGGGGGUGCCGUCGAGGCCCGGCUCGCAGACGGUGCGGGGCCAGACUCGCCAUCCCUUCGGCUUCGGGCAGGUGCCCGACAACUGGCGACAGGGGCCGGUGGGCGACAGCGCGGCAGCGCAGCGGCUACGGACCGCCGCCCGCCCGCGCCAGCCUUCCUCCUCUUCCUCCUCCUCCUUCGCCUACGCUGCCGCCGCCGCCGUCGCCGCCGGGCAGCCGCCGUACUCUCAGUUCCCCGCCGCCCCCCAGUACGAGCCCUACGAGGCGCCCCGGGCGUACGACGAGGCCUACACCUACUACCGCAGCACCGGCGGCGGCGGCGGGGCGGCUGUGGCCUCGGCGGCGGCGGGUGCCAGCGUCGUGUACCCCUUCCAGCCCCGGGCGCGGUACGAGGACUACGGGGAGGAGCAGAGCUCUUACAGAGCUCAGGGUUACUACCCGGUGGCCGAACGCCCCUACGUCCCCGCCGUACCCCAGCCGGCCGACGGGCUGGACCGUCGGUACUCCCAUAGCUUGUACCACGAAACCGGGGGCUCACCGGAGCAGGGCGGCCCGGACUCGUACGCCGGUCGGCAACCCGCCGGCCACGGCAUCGCAUCCGCCGAUAACCUGCAGGCUCCCGCUGGGACAGGCUACGGGGGCCAGUACGCACCCUACGAGCUGCAGCCACCUUUUAGGGCGCUGGAGCCUUACGGGGUUCCUCGCCCUGAGUCCUACCUGCCCGCCAGGAGCCCCGAAAUGCCGCAAGCCGUCCCCGAUAACCAAGCCCGGGUCAGCGUGGGCAGCGUCUACAGGCCCAGCCACGGCGGGCGAGGUCUCCCCGACUUGGUGCCAGACCCCAACUAUGUGCAAGCAUCCACCUACGUGCAGAGAGCUCACCUCUACUCCCUGCGCUGUGCUGCCGAGGAAAAGUGCCUGGCCAGCACUGCCUACACUCCUGAAGCCACAGACUACGACGUGCGGGUGCUCCUGCGGUUUCCCCAGCGGGUGAAGAACCAGGGCACGGCUGACUUUCUGCCCAGCCGGCCCCGGCACAGCUGGGAGUGGCACAGCUGUCACCAGCACUACCACAGCAUGGAUGAGUUUAGCCACUAUGACCUGCUGGAUGCCACCACGGGGAGGAAGGUGGCCGAGGGCCACAAGGCCAGCUUCUGCCUGGAGGACACCACCUGCGACUUUGGCAACCUGAAGCGAUACGCCUGCACAGCCCACACCCAGGGUUUGAGCCCGGGCUGCUACGACACCUACAACGCAGACAUUGACUGCCAGUGGAUCGAUAUCACCGAUGUGCAGCCGGGAAAUUACGUCUUAAAGGUUCAAGUGAACCCCAAAUACAUAGUCCUGGAGUCGGACUUCACCAACAACGUGGUCAGGUGCAACAUCCAUUACACCGGGCGCUACGUGUCCACAACAAACUGCAAGAUUUCUCAAUCUUGAUGGGAACAGGGCUUGGAGGAACGUCACCUGCCCCAGCCUCUGUCCCCCUCUCAUGAAAGCAUCUGAGAGGCCUCCUCUGUCCCACCAGAGACCCCCCCAAAACUGCCCAUUUAUUCACCUGAGAAGGAGGGGAAGUGACAAUGACUCUGAAAUAUUUUUUUAUACUUAACU